GGCUCUUUUCAUAAUUCCUUGAAGAGAUUAUUUCUCAUUAUUUUACCACCCCCCCGCCAAGCCAUCCGUGGCAGUCGAUAGGAAAAGAAAAACCAAACCUUCACCCUAUAAUAGCCUUUUUAGUAGCUAUUUGCGCCCCUCAAUUUCACUUUCUGGUCGAAGCAAAGUGCGCCACUUCACUUCAACAAUUAUAAACUUCAAAUCGCAAACUAUCUACAACAUUCAAACAUCCCGCGCAUCCUGCGUAUUGUAUUUGCAUCAUGGGUGUCCCAAAGUUCUUCAGAUGGAUGAGCGAGAGGUAUCCCUCGAUCUCGCAGUUGAUUGCGGAGAAUAGAAUACCAGAAUUCGACUGUCUGUAUCUGGAUAUGAAUGGUAUUAUUCAUAACUGUACCCACAAAGAUUCGGAUGAUGCGACCUUUCGUAUGACGGAGGAGCAAAUGUUUAUUGCGAUUUUCAACUACAUUGAGCAUCUUUACGGAAAGAUCAAGCCAAAGCAGCUGUUCUACAUGGCUGUAGAUGGAGUGGCUCCUCGCGCAAAGAUGAAUCAACAACGAGCUCGAAGAUUUAGAACGGCAUUAGAUGUCGAGAAUGCCAGAGAAAAGGCAAUCAAAGAAGGAAAGGAAAUGCCAAAAGAGGAUGCGUUUGACAGCAAUUCAAUUACGCCAGGCACGGAGUUUAUGCAAAAGUUGACCCUUCAACUGAAAUAUUUUAUCGCAAAGAAGAUCUCAGAGGAUGUGGAUUGGCAAGGAACCGAGAUUGUGCUCUCAGGGCAUGAGGUUCCAGGUGAGGGAGAGCACAAAAUUAUGGAGUACAUUCGCCUCAAGAAAGCACAACCAGAUUACGAUCCUAAUAGACGCCAUUGUCUUUAUGGCCUGGAUGCGGACUUGAUUAUGUUGGGAUUGUUAAGUCAUGACCCUCAUUUCUGCCUCCUUCGCGAAGAGGUUACUUUUGGUAGGCAGAGUAAAGCCAAGUCUAAGGAGUUGGAACAUCAAAAUUUCUAUUUGAUGCAUCUAUGCAUUGUUAGAGAGUAUUUAGAAUUGGAAUUUCAGGAGUUAAAGGAAGAUGGUGUUCUAGGGUUUCCGUUCGAUCUUGAGCGCGUUAUUGAUGAUUUCAUCCUCAUGGCGUUCUUUGUUGGCAACGAUUUCCUACCAAAUCUUCCGAAUUUACACAUUAACGAGGGAGCAUUGGCGUUGAUGUUCAAGGUAUACAAGACUAUUCUGCCUAAAGGUGGUGGAUAUAUCAAUGAGGGGGGAGUUAUUAACAUGAGUCGACUGGCAAUCUUGCUUGAGGAGUUGUCUCAUGUUGAGUACAGAUUUUUCGAAUCUGAGAGUUCGGACUCAUCAUGGUUCAAGGCUAAACAAAUGUCAAAGGAGGACGUCAUGGUAAAAGGUAAAAACAAGGGCAAGCUUGUUAUGACCACGGCACAGCAGCAAAUAUGGAAACAAGUCAAAUCCUAUGUUCAAAAGAGAGGUUCAGAAGCACUGGAUUUAUCCGACAAGCUUCCCGCAGCAGAUAGAAAAUUUGCGCAGGACCUAGCAGACAGUCUGCACCUAGAAUGGAAGACGGUACAGAACGAUGAUGGCGAACGUCACAUGCAACUCUCUUUCCCUGCAAAGCUCGGUGCCGAUGAUGAAGAAGAUGAUGAUGAAGAGGAAGAAUCUCAACUUGCCAUUAUGCGAAUUGUCAAACAAUACGACAAAGCAGAAGUUCUUGACGUUUCUAAAGAACAAGCACAAGCCGAGAUGGAACGCAAAUAUGAAGAGAAGUUUCAAGAGUGGAAGGACAAAUAUUAUGAGGGCAAAUUUGAAUGGGAUCGAAAGAACGAAAUUGAGUUGACGAAACUAUGCGAGAAUUACGUCCAGGGUUUGCAGUGGGUUCUUUACUACUACUAUCGUGGUGUCGUGUCGUGGCCGUGGUAUUACCAAUACCACUACUCGCCGAUGAUUUCUGAUGUCAUAAAAGGACUCAAAGCUGAUGUCAAUUUCAAGCUUGGUCAGCCAUUCCAUCCAUUCGAGCAACUUAUGGGUGUGCUACCGGAUCGUAGUAAGAAGAUUGUACCCACUGUGUAUCACGAUCUCAUGACAAACCCCGCUUCUCCUAUCAUUGACUUCUACCCUCGAGACUUUGAGCUAGAUAUGAACGGAAAGAAGAUGGAGUGGGAAGCUGUGGUCAAGAUUCCAUUCAUCGACGAAAAGCGAUUAUUGGAUGCCAUGGCUACGAAGAACAAUUUAUUGAGUGAUGCCGAGAAGUUCAGGAAUGAAUUUGGAGUCUCCUUGAAGUUCACUUAUGACCCAGAUGUCGAUUUCAUCUAUCCGUCUUCAUUGACGGGCAUCUUUCCAGACAUUCCCCACUGCCACUGCGUGGAGAACAUUUUCGACUUGCCGACAAUUGAGGGUUUGGAUUUUUACCAUGGUCUCAUGGAUGGAGCCAAGCUUGGGUCUGCAUCUCUAGCUGGAUUCCCAAGUUUAGGCUACCUUCCAUACAACGCAACGUUGGGCUUCCAUGGGGUCAACGUUUUCCAGUCAGACAGCCGUAAUGAAAGUAUGGUUGUUACAAUUGAAGAUUGUGAGAUUCGUACCAAUGUCAAGACAGCGCAACAAAAACUUGGUAAAAGAGUAUUUGUUGGCUAUCCUUUCUUACAGGAAGGUAAAGUUGUCAAAGUUUCUGACGAAUUGUUUGACUACCUACCCUCCGAAGAUGCCAGUGGUCAACCCAUUACUAGACCCCACGGACCUCGCGAGAUUGAUGACUUCCGCAAGAAAGCAGAGAGAAUAGAAAGCACCUAUAGCAAGCGCCUUGGUAUUAUCAUUGGACCAGUAGAGUCUCUAACUCAUGUGGAGAUGCUGAAAGGCUUGAAAAAGAUGGAUGAUGGUGCGACCAUCAAAGAAUAUGCUGUUAUACCUGGCCAGGACACAGACUACGCUUCGCAAGUUGUAGUGGAUGAAGUGACCAGUGAAGAUCAGCGAUUCCUAGAGAAAGCGGCUUUACCUGUGGAAGAAGAGUUUCCUGUUGAUGAUAGAAUAUUUUUCCUUGGAGACUUCAACUAUGGCCGCCCAGGACUGGUUGAAGGUCACAUGGAUCACAAACUUCAAAUAUCAUUGUCAACGAUCAAAGGGAAAGAAGUGGAGUUUGGUAGAAACAUUGUCCACGACUCCAAGAACGCUACUCAGUAUACACCGUCCUUUGCAGUGGCUAAAAUGCUAGGGUUGCACCCUUUGGUACUCAGCAAGAUUACUUCAUCCUUCCAAGUCUCUGCCGUGGGCCAACUCCGCGUCAACUUGGGACUAAAUCUUAAAUUUGAGGGCAAGAAACUCAAAGUUCUGGGUUAUUCUCGACGAGCUGAUAAUGGAUGGGAGUUUAGCAAUAAAGCCAUCGAACUCAUCAGCACGUACAUGACAAAAUUUCCUCAUUUCUUUGCUGGCAUUCAAAGAAAGCCUCAAGGAAACGAUUAUGAGGAGUCCGACUUUCCUGGUGCUAGUAUCAAAGAGAUUGUGGCAUGGCUUAAAACCAUCGAAUCCAAGAAUUUUGAAAAGGUGCCUCUAGAUGCUGAGCAGCUUGACUCCGAUACCGUAAUGGCCAUUGAACAAGCAGCCCAGCACGCUUUGGUGAAUGGCCCUCAACCUCAACGAACAACCCUAAAGGCUGUUCCACGUGGUGCCCUCUUAAAACCAUCUGAUGCUGAACAUCGUUGCGGCAACCAGAAAUUUGCUUUGGGCGAUCGUGUUGUUUAUGUUGCAGAUUCAGGCCGUGUUCCCAUUGCCACACGUGGUACUGUGGUAGGAAUCUCUCGUACUCCACGCACCACUCUCCUCGAUGUUUUGUUCGACGUUACUUUCAUGAGUGGCACAACUCUUGGAGAGAGAUGCUCCCCGUUCCGUGGAUCCACCGUACCAAUUGCUAGUGUACUAAAUCUUACCAACAAGCAAUUGAUUGCAGGUUCUAGAGCUGCUGCCGAGAAACGACCUGCUCCAACUAGCACGCCUUUGACAGCAAAUGGCGGCUAUGGUUAUGGACGAGGUCAGCAAUAUAGAGAAUCUGGACCACCUCCUCCACUUCGGGGCUCUUUCCGUGGUGCUGUUUCAGGCCAACGUGGAAAUUUCACACCCCGUGGUGGACGUGGACGUGGUGGGUUCACUAAUGGGAAUACAAACGGAAAUUCUGGUGAUAAUGCUACUCCGGCUAUUCAUAGCAGCAUGGUUAUUCGAGACACGACACCCGUAAAUACGACCGGAAAUGCCAAUGGCACCCGAGGCCGUGGAAAUGCAUUUGCAGCUGCUAGGGGUGGCAGCCCUGCCGCCGGUAACGUGGCAUACAACAAUGUUCCUCCUCCAUCGACGUUAGAAUCACGGGGCAGAGGUAGAGGCCGAGGUGGUAGAGGUCGCGGUGCUUCGAGAGGUCGAGGUGGUAAUCCACAUCCACCACAAGCUUAGAUUUGCGAUUUUUUGGCUCUUGACUUUUUUUUUCACUGGUACUUCUGGAAAAGAAUGGCGAUAUUGGGAUGGCAUAGGAUUUUUACGAUGUUACAUGGCUUAAUAUAUCAUGGAAAAAAUGGAAACGAGUGGUCCAUUUUUUGGUCGGUAUUUUUACGAGACUAGAUUAACGAUUUCACGAGUGGGAUGGUUAUGAUUUGCUUGUAUUGUCACUAUGCAUGCUUUGAUCGGAUAUAUCAGACAUAGGAGAUGGUCAAUGGACUUCAAAUGCAACAAGCGCGCAGCAACAGCCAAUUAUCUUGGUAUGUUUAGGGGAAGAUACGAAUUAGUGGUAUGGAAUGGAAUGAAUGAUAUUGAAUCGAGAGAAAACAUUUAGAUAUACACAGAAUCAAGUCUUUGAAAUCUACCAUGUAUUGCUAA